GAUGAUUUCUUACCAAGAACACCGACCCCGUUGGAAGAUAUAUUCAAAUCGCUCUUGUGCUUGCCCUGCUUAUUAUUUGCGGUUUGCUGGAGGGAUACUUUCAUACCAGAAGGCAGGAAGCUUAAAGAUCCUAGAAGACUGUAUGCACCCGGAAGAAUGUAUCAUAUUGUUGAGAGAAAAUUUUGCAGAUGUGGGAGAUAUCCUCCAGAGGUUAGAACUGCCAUACCAGUAGAUGGAAGAUUUGAACAUAUUGUCUUAUCGUGCAAUGCCACAAAAGAUCAUGCAAUUGUUUGGAUAGAAAGGGAAGCAGAGAAGGCUUUGGAAAGAAUGCCGGAAUAUCACAAGGAGACCACAACAGCAGCCCCAAGAGUACAAAAAAUCGAGAGGUUGCAGACAAUAGAAAAAGAACACAAGGAUGCUUUGGAAAGAGCUGUUAGUUUGAACAUACCUCAUGCUGUGACUGCCGAUGAAGAAGAGGAACAGCCCUCACCAAGCAAGGAGGAAGAAUGCGUAGAAGGUGGGGAUGGGGAUGAUACUGAGUCUUCUACGAAUGAGCCAAAAACUAAGUCGCUGUCCCGUGGUGGAAGAACUAACUGGGAUUUGGUUGUUCAGAAGCUUUUCAAGAAAUAUCCGUUGGGAGAAAUGCUAUUGAAGAAGGACGAUACAGUUGCUUCAAAAUAACAAUUCUUCUCUCUCAAUGUGUCAUUAUUUAUCGAAAAUGUAUGCUUUAGAGGUUAGCGCUUCAUGAGUAUUUUGCUCCUGGUUCUGCCUGAGGUUAGAUCUUCUUGAUUAUUUUGCUUGUCGGGUUCUUUUGUUGUGAUAUUCAUUUUUCUGCGAGCUUCAGCUUCUACAUAAUUAUCUGUAAAAAAGCAUUGGUGAAAUUGUGUUCAGCCCCUGGUUCCCUACCCAUGAGGGGUACUUUUACAUGUCAAACUACAGAGAGCUACAAAGAAUGUUGAUUUUUUUUAAAAAUCUGUUUGUAAAGAAUCUGUACUUUUGUUAUUUUA